CCUUUAUUACUGUAAAAAUGACAUUUACCGAAGAUGAUGAAGAUCAAAUUAUGUUCGAUCUCUACGAUGGCUUGGAUACAUUCGAACAGCCUAAACCAGCAGAUAACACAGAAAAGAAGGAGGUUCCAGAUACCCCUGAACCUAUAGAAAUACCACAACCAAGCGAAACAGUCACUGAGGUACCUGAAACUACAAUAGAUCGAUUCAGCGAUGCGGAACCCUUGGAAGAAGAAAGCCCAUGUGAAGAUGAUGGGCUUGUAUUCCUGGUUGAGGAUGAUGAUGAAACUGAUAUCAACCCAGCACGGGUAGCCACUUCACAUCGCAUAAUACCGAAACGGAAAACUGGAGGCUGGGUGAGCAAAUAUCGUAAAAAAGAACGCGUUAUAUACGUUGGUGCACCAAAUUCAGAUGCAAAUGCCAUGGCAUCGAUUGAGCCUAAUAAGGAAUCGUUUUGCUUGGUUACCGGAAUACCAUAUUGGAUGGACCUUAAUGAACUUAAUCGUAUUGCCGAGGAUACAGGGGGUGUAGUUGCAUUCUCCAGAAUACUAAGCGAUCCUAGCAACGGACUUUCAGUUGGUGUAGCGAUUAUAGAAUUUGUUGAUAAAAGUGGAAAGGAUAAAUUUAAAACCAAUAAAAACCAAUACAACUCCACGCAGUUAACCGAUGAUAUCUUCAACGAUAUCAAGGAGUCACCACUCUACAGAGACGGUAUAUUUAAAAGAGGACUCUUAGAACGCAUAAUGGCGCAUUUGGGUAUUCCAUUACGAAAUACAAAACCCAGGUCUGAAACAUCAGAUCUAUACCACGAUAUAGAAUAUGAAGUGCAGCAGCGUGAUAUGAUCCAAAAUGGCGAUUUCGACUUCUCGACGAAAACGUUUCCAUGGUUAAAUUUAAAUCUGGUCAAAUUCAUUGGAAGGGAUCAAAGAAAAGAUGUACCUGAAAAUGAAUCUAUAUACAAUAUCGCAAACCACUUGGAAGCUUACAAAGCAAAGCAAGUGUAUAUACAAAAUAGAUAUAAUACGAUGAUGCAGCAUUAUAUGCAAAUGAUGCCAAAAAUGGUGACACCACAAGAAGCUAAACCGAGUAUGAAACCACAAGUCAAACGUCCAGUGGAUAAGGAAUUGGACACCAAUAUCAAUAGACAUAGUGAGAGGAAACAUAAACGAUUGGCACCGAUAAAGGAAAAGGAAGAUAAAAGAAGAUCAUCACCUGGACGUGAUCGAAAGAAACACGCCAGUAAGCUACCAUCACGACGUGACUCUAGAUCGAGAGAUGAUCGUCGUCGUAGGUAGUAUAUAUAUACAGUGGGUGUAUAAUGUUUUAGUACAUGUAGAUGCGU